GGUCACCUCGGAAAAACUCCGUCCGCCCACGGGGGAGCUCUCGGCUGCUGCCGAAUAAAUGGUUCUGAGUGGAAGUACCUAACGGAAGCCUGUGUCUGUGACUGCCGGGGGUGCUGGAAUCCCGGAGGAGGGGGGGUGUUUCCUCGGAAAGGGCGGAAGGGUUGAACCCCAACGCGUCGGGUGAGGAGAGACGCUCUGGUGCGGGGCCGCCGGCGAUUCUCGCUUUCCGGGCUCAAGAAGGCUUGUCGUUUUGUUGUCGAAUAAACAAAUGUUCGGUUUCAAAACAGAAAUCACGGAGCUGUUGUUUUCUAGGAAGCAUUUUAUUCUUCGGAAUGAUGGAUUUCCUUCUAGAGAUGAGAACGGAAGUGUUUGCGGAAGUAAUGAUAUUGAGAGAAAUGAAUAGAAAUAACCCAUUUUGAGGAAGCCAUGGCAAAGUCAAUUACAAAACACAGAGUUUGUUCUCAGCAAUCUUCAGUAUCUUCUCUGUUAGCAAGCUGCAGCCUGAGUGGUAGUAAUUCCUCUAAAUCUGAUGACUCUUUUCAGUAUAAGGAUAAACUGUACAGUUCUGCCUCUCAGGCUCUACAGGCCUAUAUUGAUGAUUUUGAUUUAAGCCAAAUGUAUCCUGGUGCAAGCACUGGAAAGAUUAACAUUGAUAGAUGUUCUGCUAAUAUGCCCGAAUUCUCCAACUAUAUUUAUAGACCAAACAAUGCUUUUGAAAAUCUUGAUCCCAAAAAAAGCUUCUCGUCCUUAUCUUGUAGAAGAAUGACUGUUAAUGACAUAGACUGCAUUAGCCUAACAACUGAUGAUCUAUUAAAACUUCCAGCAGAUGGGUCAUUUUCUUUAACUUGCAUUGGAUCAAGUCACCGAAAUAGCAAGAAAAACAAGAAAUGCAUUCGAAGACUGAGCUCAUUGGAUACUGAAAAGAAUCAAAAUUUUCAGGAACCUUCCACUCCCAUGUGCAAAGAUAACUUAGUUACUCCUGUUGUAUACAUAAAUAAAAAUGGAAAGCAACGUGGUAGGCUAAAAAACCCAAAACUUGUGAAUAAGACUAAUAAAUACGUUUCUGAUCCAUCUUUAUCAUUUUCCAAGAAGUUGUCUUUCAAAGACAGUUCAGAACACAAACUUGAAAAGAAUUACCCAAGAUGGCUCACUAGCCAGAAAUCUGACCUUAAUGUUUCAGGAAUAACUAGUCUACCUGAUUUCACAUACCCAGUCUGGCUCCACCAUCAAGACUUGCUACCCGACACAAAUAGUCAAAAAAGGAUUUCCAAAAUAUUUAAAGAAGAUCAGUGUUCCCCUAGACAUAGUUACCAGGCACAAAGAACUUCUCGGCUUAUGAAUAAAUUAGAUAGUUUUGAAUAUUCUUUUGAACCCUCAAACAUUUCAGACUCCUUGAGUGCUGAUAAAGGAUUAAUUAAUGAAUAUAAAUGUGAUUCUGAACAUAGCCAGUGUCAGUGUGAGAAUCCACUUCUCCCAGGACAAACCAAAAAGCCAUUCAGUGGUGACAAAAUUGAAUUGCUUAUCCUGAAGGCCAAGAGAAAUCUAGAGCAUUGUACUAAAGAGUUACCGAAGUCUACAAAAAAGGAUGAUAGUCCUUGUUCAUUAGAUAAACUUGAAGCAGAAAGAUCAUGGGAAAAUAUUCCUGUUACUUUCAAAUCUCCUGUUCCUGUUAACUCUGAUGAUAGUCCUCAACAAACUUCAAGGGCAAAGUGUGCUAAAGGGUUCCUUGAUGAUUUUUUAAAUAAUGAUAAUCAGAGCUGUACCCUUUCUGGAGGGAAACAUCAUGGUCCUGUUGAAGCCCUGAAACAAAUGUUAUUUAAUCUUCAAGCAGUACAGGAAAGUUUUAAUCGGAAUAAAACAGCAGAACUGGAAGAGGAGAUUAAGCAAGUUUCGGAAGAUAAUUUCUCUAAAUUACAGUUGAAAGAAAGUAUGCUUCCUAUUACUAGGUCACUUCAAAAGGCUUUGCACCAUUUAUCUCGCCUGAGAGACCUGGUUGAUGAUACCAGUGGGAAACAGUCACCGAAAAUGUGAAGAGGAAAAUAAAACGGUCCAACAAAUAAAUAGUCAUCACAGAGCAAAGAUGUAUUGUUUUUCCUGUUGCUUAAACUGACAAAGAAAUUAUAAGCCAUGCAUUAUUCUGUGAUUGGUUUAAGUAUUAUAUAUUCUUUAAAAAACAAACUUGAAAACGUGUGUAGGUUUUGUGACCUAUCCUCAUUUUAUGCCAAGAUACCAGAAUGUGAACUGAGAGGACCCACACUGUGUCCUACAGUCUGACUUUGGUCUUCAGGCCAGCAAAUGUCCAAUAUUCAAAGAUGGAUGUUGUCUGCUAUUGAAGCUUAUGUGGACUUAAUCUUCUUGAGCAUCUGCAUCAUUUUAUCUUCUGGCUCUGGAUUAUUAGGAAACUCUUCCUGGUUUCUAUACAGAAUCUCUUUAAGUAGACUUUUUGAUACAAGUAGCAUCUACUUUUAAGUUGGCUAAAGGAAUAUCAAAAUUGUUAUGGUGUAACUUCUCCAUAUAUGUUACCUUUAAUUUUUAUAAAUAUUUUAAGGUAUGUGGUACAUGCAAAUAACAGUUUAAUAAUGGGAUGAUACAGUGCAAAAGGAAUGUUUUAUGUUGUGAAAUCCAAAAGAAAAACUCAUUUAACUAAUGCAUUGAUUUUGAUUCUGUGUAAGAUAAUCUUUUUUUUUUUUCUUUUUUUUUUUGUGUGUAAGAUAAUCUUGAUUUCACAUAAGAGUUUACAAAAUAUUUUUUGGGAGUACAUUUGAAAAUUUAAUAUUUUGAUAUUCUCAGAUUUUAGUUUUGGGGUUAGCUCAAACUAGUAAAAAUUCUAAGAUCAGUGACCAAUUGCUUUAUGCAGUUUGCUAAGUAAACUUAAAAUGAAUGUGGAAAAUCCAGAAGCAGCUCUGUAUUAUAAGGCUAUUUUGUAAGAGCUAAAUAUGGUUUAAAGCAAUCUAUAAAAUUUGUCUUUAGCUGGAACUCAGCAGAGCUUUAUAGUUUCGCAUUUUCUAACCAACUAAACUAAUAAGCAAGAAAACACCUUUACUAACAAAACUAGGAAUUAAAUCAUAAAGCAUAUUUUAAAAGCCUGAUGAAAUGAAAGAAUGAGUGUCUGUAUACAAACAGUACAAAUUAACACUGCCCAAAUUGUAGUAUCUAGCAAAGAUACAAUAAUAAACCUUGUUUUUUUGUUUUUUGUUUUUUGACCAGUGAGUCAGAGUUACCACCAUGCAAUUAUUUUUGCCCAGUUUGAGACUCACUGGCCGUUAAGUUUGUUUUGUUUACUCUGGAGGUAUUUCUGCUACCAACAUUCUAUUUUCUGAUUAUUGCUUCAAAACAUACAGUUUGCAUGUAAUCAAAUAAGAUGUUACUUUGACAAUGAAAGUAUGGUGGCUGUUAAAAAUGCAGAUUUUAAGUAGGUGAACGCUAGGAGGGUCUGGGUUGAUCAUGUUCCAGGCUUAGACAAAUCCACUGUGACACAAAUUCUAUAGAAAGCAGAGAAGAUGAAUGCAUCAUAAUAAACGUCUAAUUGCAUAUAUGUUUAUUAGUAUGCUUAAAGAGCAUUUGCAAAGGGAUUAUGCUAUAAUACUGAACAGCACUGAUUUGGUUAGUACUGUCAUUUGCGAGAAGAUACUAAAUUUUUAUAUUACACCUAAUAUUUUAAGAAACUUGAUUGUAGUUACUAAAGGAGUAUUUUUCCUUUUGUGUUAAAUAUGGAAGCUUAGUCAUUUACCUAAAAAGGGAAUUUAAAAUGAUUGAUUCCAACUUUUUAAAAAAAGAAAUGUAUAGGAGAGUCAACUGAGAAAAAUCUAAAUGAUAAAUGGUCAUGAAAUUCUCCAAAGAAUUGAUUUAAUUACAUGUGAAAUAUUUUAGUAUUCUUUAUUUUGAGUUUCCCAGGAGUAAAAGGGUGACAACAGUAUUUAGAUUGCUGAGCUGAAAAUUAAAAGCAGACUAUGGAACAAUUAAAGGUUUUUAAAAUUGC